AUGUCUAAUGUUCCUAAAGACCACGAUGAUGAUCUAAUAUCAAAGGGUAGUAAAAGUAUUAAAGAUUUAAAACAUAGUAAUACUAAACCUUUAAGAAGGAAGGUUGGUAAGUCUACCACUACAGGAACCAAUGGUAGGAAACGUAAUCAUAGCACAGGGAAUAUUUUCAGGUUUCUGUUACAGGAAGUGAAUCAUUCUUUGAAUGUAAAUGAAGUUGAAGAAGACGAGGAUGAGAAUAGUAUACAAGAUUAUGAAUUAGAACAAUUGAUUAAUAUGUUCAGUAUUCCUUUGCAUUUAGAAAAAUUCAUGCUUUUAACAUUGUUAGCGUCUUUUGAUUGCUAUUUAUAUUAUUUUACAAUAUUACCUAUACGUUUAGUACAUGGUGUAUUUUUAGAUUUAACUCAAGCUUCAAAUAAUAGAGCUUCAAGAACUAGAAAAGAAAGAUUAAUCAUGUUUCUCAUUAUAACUGCAUCAAUUUUAUUAACAAGAUUAGAUACUUCAAAAGUUUAUCAUAAUAUUAAAAGGCAAAGUGCCGUUAAAUUAUACAUGUUAUACAGUGUAUUGGAUAUGGGGGACAAGAUGUUAGCUACUCUAGGCCAAAGUUUAUUAUCUGUAGUACUAUCCAUCAAGGGACAGAAAAGGAUAAUAUUACAAAAGGCAAUUUUUGCAGCACUAAGUUUAUGUUAUUUAGUCGCCCAUGGUUAUGUUUUAAUUUAUCAAACUGUUUCAUUAAAUGUCGCAGUCAAUUCAUACUCCAAUUCUCUAUUGACGUUGCUUUUAUCGAUUCAAUUCUCAGAAAUGAAAUCUUCAGUGUUUAAAAAAUUUGAUAAAGAAGGAUUAUUCCAAAUAUCAAUAUCUGACGUCGUAGAGAGAUUUCAAGUCAUUGUUUUUCUGAUGAUAAUUUCGAUCAGAAAUUUAGUAGCAAGGGCCGGUUCAAUAGCUACAGUUAUUCCAACUUCAUGGACGUUACACACAACAUCCUCUGUGGUGAUAGGUGUAUUGUGCGGUCCAAUGGUUAGUGUCAUAGGUAGUGAGCUAAUAGUAGAUUGGGCAAAACAUGCAUAUAUUAUAAAAUUUAAUAGAAUGAGACCAAGAAUAUAUCGCAAAUUUUUUUAUAUCAUCUAUAAAGAUCAUGUUGCAGGAUUACAAAAAUAUCAAGACAGAUUAGGAUUACCAUUACCAGCAUUAACAGUACUAUUUCUGGUCAUGAUCAGACCCGCAGUGAUCCAAGCAUUACCGACAUCUUCAAUCCUGUUAACAUUUUUGACAGUAAUAGGAGGGUUUUUGUUUUUAGUAAUACUGAAAUACACAACACAUUUAACACUAUUAAAAUGGGGGAAAAGCAUACGAAAAGAAAUGAUCAGAGAAAGAAUCGACAUUGCUGUCACAGAAAGAGAGUACGUACCAGGCCAAUUAGCCAGCGGGAUAGGUAAAGUUGACGAAUCCACAUUACGAAUAAUAUACCAAGACAAUAACGACCAUUCAAUACUGACAUCACCACCGCCAACACCGACACCGACACCAACAGCAACUGGUAACCACACAAACAUAAUUUCACAGACAUUGAACGAAAAGAGAAAGAAGAAAGAUGACAAGAACCCUCGUUCAUUAGAAGAUGUCACAAGAUAUAAGAUGGUAUCAAAGCAAAUAUGGUAA